CUUCACCUUCUUUUGCCUCUGGACAGCUGGCGGUGUUCUUUCUUCUUGUCACUCCUUUGUUUUCUACUUCCAUCUGUUUUUGUUUUUUGUUUCAUCUUUCCCCCUCACUCUCUGAACGCGAGUUGCCGUUGUUGAUCGACAGCCCCUGGAGUUCACCCACUUCGCUCAAUUCCCCUUACAAUUUCAGCCACUACGUCACUCUCACCUGAACCAAUUUACGGUCGACUCGGGAAACUUUACCACACUCUUUCAAAACUUUCCGCGUCUGAUUGGCUUUGUCCUGUUUCGUUAAUCCUUCCUGCCCUCUUUGUUUUCCUGAUUUUUCAGGUUUCCUCUCUCGUUUCCUUUCCGUUUUUUUUCUCCAACUGUAGGCCAAGCAAAUACCGAGCCUUUGGCUCCAUCUCUCCUGGCCAAUCACAUAUUUCCCAGGGAAAAUGCGAUUAUAUCUCCAUGUUCGGCGUCCCAUGUCAGUCGCGUCCCAGAUGCGGCUGGGUUUAUACCGGUCACCCAGAACCCCCCGAGCGGCCAUAAUCCAUUCGGGACGGCCGUUUUCUGGAGGCCCCCCGGUGGGUGCCCCCGAUCCUCUAGAUCAGAAUUUCGAGGAGGACGACAAACGGGGUAACGACUCGGAUCACUCGUUCAAAUCUACCAUGUAUAAGAUGUUCGAAGCAGCGGCGACCACGUUUGCCUCUAUUGCUGUGCUGGGGUUGGCGGGGUACUCAUACCACCGGUACUAUAAAUAUAUCAUCUUGGACAAGAUGGAGAACGCCUUCAAACCGGGCGAUCCCGCCUUGGAAGUAGCCGGGGUGGGGUCGGAUAAGCAUGAUUAUCACCACGAAGAGCAUUGGAUUGCCCGCGAUCAACAGCCCGAGGUCGAUAAAAUCAUUUCGGGCGACGUUACUGGCCGCUACUUUUUGUUCAUCGGCGAGAAGGGCACGGGGAAGACCUCCAUGCUACUCGAAGCCAUGCGCAAGAUUAAUGGGGAGGGCUGCGCCAUGUUUGACGCCCAUGGGGACCUAGAGAUUUUCCGGAUCAGAUUAGGGAAGGCAUUGGAUUUCGAAUUCCAUGAAGAUUACAUCGGAAGCCUGUUCAGUAUCAAGGGUCCGCGCGACACCACGGCCCUUUUGGAUAUCGAGCGAGCGUUCAACAAGUUGGAGAAGGUCGCUCUCACGCGGAGACGUGAGGGCAAGCCUCCUCUGAUCCUCAUCAUCAACAGCACCCACUUGGUCCGGGAUGACCAUGAUGGACAGGAUCUCCUGGAAAUGAUCCAGCAACGGGCCGAACAAUGGGCCGCCAGUAAUCUGGUCACCACGAUCAUGAAUAGCGACGAUUACUGGGUCUACGAGCGCCUGAAGCGGUAUGCGACCCGCAUGGAAGUCAUCCCCGUGACGGACCUUCCCAAGACAACAGCCAUGGACGCCUUGAAGAAAUACCGGAAGCAGUAUUACCGCGAGGAGCUCUCCCAGGAGGUCCUUGAGGAGAUAUACAAUAAGAUCGGUGGACGGCUGUCUUUCUUGAACCGGAUCGCCAAGGCUGAUAGCCCCUUGAAGCUCUGCAGGGAGAUCUGCAAAGCGGAGAAGACGUGGUUCCUUAACAAGUGCUGGAUCCUGGGUGAGGAGAUGGAUGACGAUGUCAUGGAUGAGCAGAAAUUCUCGUCCGCUGCGAUGGUUCUAGCCAAGGCCCUUGUCGAUCGCGAAAAGGAAAUGGAAAAAGAAAUGAAAAACUAUGACCCGAAGGAGGGCCAUGUCCUCCCGCAGAUCCCUCUCCAUGAGGCGCGCGAGAUCAUGACACGAGCCGACUUCAUUCAAAUGUACGAUCACGAAAACAUCUUCACGAUAGAUUCGCGGGCCAUGGUCCGCGCCGAUUCAGUCCCCAUGCAGAAUGCUUUCCGCGAGAUCUGCUCGCGCCCCGGAUUCGACGAGCACCUGGAGGGGACACUCACGCGCAUUGGCGAUAUCGAAAGCUUGGGCCGGACUCGAGAGCUGACGAUCAAGGAUCUGUGGAAUGGUGGGAAAUACAAUUUGGCCCUGUUGGACAACAAGGGCCGCAGCAGCGGCUCGGCUGAAUUUUCGGUGGUGGAGGGGAAAGAGGAUGAGGAUGAUGGAGACGAGACCGAGGUGAAAGUUCCGGUAGAGGUGUCCAAGUGUUCGGGGGCUUGAUACAUACCCAUUUUGAUUAGUAGCUACUUCGGCUGAGGGCUCUUGUACAGUACCUAGGCGGAUUUGUGUAUACCCUUUGUCUUAUAGCUCACCAUUUGUACGAUUUGUACGACAUUGUCAAAUAGAUUUGUUGCAGACGA